AUGGUGAAGACUAUUCAACACACAAUCCAGAACCCUCUGGGCUCGUCCUUCCAGGUAUUGGUGUCUAUCCCGGAAAAUGAGAUUAACACAUCGAAAUCACCAAUAUCCAUGACUAUUAUGACAGGCUCCAAUGCAGCGGAUCAAGCUUUGAUGAUUUACGUUUACGCUAUACCCACCGCAAGAGACGUGCUAACUUCAGUUUUGGUAGACACUGCAGACGAUGCCGUACGAGAAACUGCCGUUCGUGUUUCCAAACUAUGCGCGAAGAAGAGUCAAAGACCUUGCUACUUGACAAUGGCAGGUAAUGCGAGUAUCGAAAGUUUAGGCAUGGACCAAUUGUUACUGUGUAAAGAAUGUGUUGGUUUAAUAGACGCGAGUUGA